AUGCAUGACAUUGUCCCCCGCCGCGCCGCCGCCGUCUACACGCUCAACCUGCGCGUCUUCUGGCCGCUGGUGACCUGCCUGUGCACCGCGCUGCUCUGCCUCUGCCAGGCGCUGCGCGGCCGCGCCGCGGGGGAGGGCGCGGCGGAGGCGGGCGCCGUCCCGCUGCUGCCGGGCUCGGCGCUGCUGCUGCUGGGCUACCUGCUGGCCCGCUACCGCGGCGCGGCGGGCGGCGGGUGGCGGCGGCGCGGGCCCGGCCCCGGCCCCGGCCCCGGCGCGGCCCCCCGGGCGGCGGCGGCGGCGGCGGCGCGGCGGGGCCUGCUCGAGGGCUUCUACGCGCGGCAGCUGCGGCUCUCGCCGCACGUGCUGGGCCACAGCAAGGCGCACGUCGGGCGGGUGGUGGGCGAGCUGGUGCGCGCUGCCAAGGCGCAGGGGCUGCAGCCUGGCCCGCUGGCCCUCAGCCUGCGCGGUGACUUCGUGCGCAUCGGCAGCGCCUACGAGCAGCACAAGGUGCGCAGCCCCGACUGCUUCGACGUGCUGGUGCCACUGCGGCUCCCGCCACGCCUGGAGGCCGAGGCGCGCUGCGCCACGGGGCCGGGGCUGCCGGCUGGGCCGCGCGGCGCCUUCGUGUGCGGGCUGGCGGCGCCCGGCUGGCCGCGGCAGUACCGCGCCUUCGCCGAGGGCUUCUGCGCCGAGCUGCAGGGCCGGCGGCUGCUGUCGUCGGCGCUGGUGCUGCGCUGGUUCCAGGGGCACCUGCAGCGCUGCCUAGGCGCCGUGCGCUACCGGCUGCAGGAGCGCUGCCGCGUCCGCCUCACGGCCGGCCCGGGACGGCCGCCGACGCUGCUGCUCCAGCCGCGCUCCGACCACCUCUGCUGUCACCUCUCCAUGGCUGUGCGCCUCAUCCCCGCCAUCCCCUUGGGUGACUCGCUCUACCUCACAGCGCCACCCGAGGAGCCCUGCGCCACCCGCCCCGAUGCCCUGUGGGGCCUCAAUGCUUCGCGGCAGGAGCAGCGACUGCUGAGCUGGCUCAAGGAGCAGGCCCCAGCCUCCUCCUGCCACCUCAAGUGCCUGCAGAUCCUCAAGGGGCUGCGCGACCUCCGUGGGCAGCGCCUGGCUGAGCCCUUCUGCUCCCAGUGGGGCCGGGUGCUCUCCUCCUAUGUGCUCAAGACAGCCCUCUUCUCGCUGCUGCUGCGGGGGCCCUUGGAGGCCUGGGACGAGCAGUUCCUGGUGGAGCGGCUGGAGGAGCUCGUGAUGUUCCUCAGGGACUGCCUGCGCAAGCAGGUGCUCAUGCACCUCUUCCUGGGCAACACCGCCUUGCCCGAGGCCCUGGCGCUGCCCCGCUUCCUCAAGGAGGCUGCCCCAGUCAACCUGCUGGCUGCCUUCGACGGGCCAACGCUGGACCUGGCCGCCUGCCUGCUGCUUGACACCUGGAACCAGGCGCCGCGGGUCGUUGCUGCCUGCAGCGGCCCCCGGCACCGGUGGUGGGCGCCCACCCCGUGCCGCCACGCUGCCGAGCCCAGCCUGGAGCUUCAGGGAGAGUGACCGAUGCCGCGAGAAUGUGCUCCCGCUGUUUCACUCCUUGUUGGAAGAAAGUCAGAAACAGAAGACCCAGACAUGAUGAAACGCUCAUUCUUAAUCUUGUUGGUUAUUCAUGGGAGAAUUGUGAAAUUUCUGGGAAAAUGCACUAGCAGGGAAGCAUUACCCAUGGUUGACCAUUUGCAAACACAACGCUAAUAGUCUCAAACUGACAAAUCUGGAAGUUCAUCAUAGCUUGUUUGCAUUCUCCAUUGCAAAAUUGACUUUAUAAUGAGGUUCACUUCUUGUGGUGCAAAAUUCGUUUGAGAUUUAAAAAUCCUGCGAGCACAACAAAACUCCCUCAACGUACCAAGGUAUUCUUAAAUGAGAUGAGCUUUAGCGCAUGAGUGUUGAUCAUGGGUUGAAACACUCAGUUAUGUGCUUUAAAUUUCCUGUGUAGUCUAGUACAUUGUGCUAAGUAGAAGUAGAAUAUGCAUGUUAAGGUAAAAUUGAAGUGAGGGAUGAAGUUAAACCUCUCUGACAACAGUAUGAAGAAUCUAGUUUUAAGUUUCUGUGCUGAAAUGAAGGUUAUACUGAAGGAUUGAAAUAUAGGUAAGAAACAAGUAGCACUUUAUUUUCACAAAGGCCUUAAUUUUAGGGUAAUUGGCUGCACUAAAUAUUUGCUAUAAAAGAGGCAUUAGUAUUUUGCUAAAUUAAUGUGAUGAUGCUUGAAUCAUCCUGAGAAAACUUUCUUUAAAGGAAAUACUCUGGGGCUCACUUGUUUGUGGGUUCUUGGUGUUGAGAUUUUUUUUUUCAGGCUUUGAGCAUUACUUUUUUCUUAGAAAUUGCUUUACCUCAAGGACUACCAAGGCCACCAAAAAACUCUUAACAAAUUCUAUUUGUUCUAGAACAAAGCCUAAACCUAAAUCCACAUCUCAGUGCUGUGAACUGCUGACGGCACCCUCGUGCCCUCCAGUGAGGGCUUGGUGGGCUUUUUUGGAUGGUUGUCUAACACAUUCUCUGAUGGUAGCAGUGUUUUGAUCUGCAGCAGACCAAAUAACCUGAUGGCAUUUUCUGGCACUGUGCUAUAGCAGGUCAUUAUCUCAUUGAGGGGAGUAGGAAGUAAAAUAUUUCAGGGUAUGGCAGAGUUCUUUAGCACUAAGUCAUGGUACAGUGGGGCAGUUCUAGGCUACGAGUUCUGGUGUCGUCCUAAUAUAAGCACCAGCUAAGUAGUUUCCAUUUCUUGGGGAAAGAGUCCCUCCCAAAGGGGCUUACAAGGCUGAACAGUGGCAAAAUCAGCAUAUCAUAUCCUUAAGUUAAAAUAUUGGGCCACAAGCUCAAAUAUUUGAUGUGUUAAGAGCUUAAACGUGUUGCUCAACUUCCUGAGCAUCAAUAAUUCAGUAUAUGCCUUAUUACCUGCUAUACAAUGUUCUCAGUGAGCAGUUUAAGUGAAAUAUAAAUUACUAAAUGUAACUUCUGGGAAGCUUCAGGAUAAGUUCCACUUACUAACAUACCUCUCUGUUCCCUGAUGUACGUAGACAUACUGGUGUGCUUUAUUCACAGGUCUAUGCAACAGAGCACAAAGCAAACAUUUUCAAAAUCUAUGGAAGCUUUAUAAAAAUCUAUUUUUCUAAAUGGAAACACUCCCCAGGCAGAUGUCUGCUUACUUCUGUCUGUAUUUUUUUCUUUUCUUCUUCUUCUUUUUCUUAAUAACUGCUUUUGCAGUCAUUUCAGGUAAUUAUAGCCUAGGUCACGCCCUCAAGUUGGGUUAUUUUUAUAUAUGAAGCAUUGCUUCUUUAUACGAAUACAAAUAGUGUAUUUAUAGGUGGUAUUGAUCAAAUGUUCUUUGCACUUGGAAUUUAAAGUUUAAGGCUAAGUGAGCUACCUUGGUGUUGGUUUUUGUAGUAGACUACAAUAUGUACUAUUUUUGCAGACUUAUGUUACUUGGUAUCUGAAACAAGACACAGUUCUGCAACCUAUGUCAUUGAAUCUUUUGCCCAAAGAGGGACUAAAUGACCAGUCCAAGGUAUUGUGGUUGCCAGGAACUCCUGACGAAAACAUUUUAGCUGUGAAGUCUGGCUCUGUAAUCGCCUCCAUCAGCUAGCAGUUUGUUUAAAUCUUUGUGCACCUCUUUCUCUAGAAAGUGAUCCUUUUUUCUGAAAAGGAAUGCAAAUAUUCGGUAUGUAUGCAGUAUUGCUGUAAUACAUGGAAAUCUGUAGUAGACUUAGUAAAAACUUUUUUGUUAAAAGUAUAGUAAUGCCAGGAAAAAUAAAGUCGCAUGAAGAAAUGCAUGGCAAAGAGAAAUGCUGGACAAUAUAAGUAGUUUAGAAAAUUAAAGCUGGGCUGAGGAGGAGUGAGAAUGUCUGUAAACUUGCAGUGAAGAGACACUGCAAAUAAGCCAAAAGACAUGAGGUUAAAGUUGGAGGAGAUCUAUUGAAAGUAAGACUGAUUUGGAGUGGAGGGAAAAGGGAUUUUUUAGGCAUUGUUUUGACAGUGCUUCCAGACUAGUUGUAUCCAUCUGGGCCAAACUCAUGGGCAAAAAUUUCAAUUUACUAAUGGCAUAGAAUUGGGCCUGUCUUCAGUGUUGGUUCUUGCUCAGCAAGGUAUUUGUGGUCAUUAGUGAUGGGAGAAAAUGUAUGCGUUUUCUUUAACCUUACGCUUGGACACACUUCACUGAGGUGAGGAGAACUUCCUGCCAGGGAGGCAAUGUGUGUGCAAUUGAGGUGAGGUCUGAGGAAACCUUAGACUAACUUGCAGCUCUGGUGUGUACUUGUGAAAUUAAGUGUAUUUGCUCUAUCUGCUAUAGAGCAAACAUACAUGGAUGUGAUUGACAAAAGGAGCUGGUAAAAGUUGAGUUCUGCUAUUAUAUUCAUCUUAGGCCACAACAAACAUGACAGCAGUAGUACCUGUAAUGUCCCGGUGCUAUUUUAGGGCCUUACCUGCAAGGCACUACAUCAAGAACUUGACCUACGUGAGUAAUCCCAUCUUCCCAACUCAGUGCUACUGCUCAUAGAAUAAGGUUAUGAAUGUGUAUUUGCAAUGUUAAGGUGUUAACUGUUGCACUGUACUGUAAGUUCAGCAUGGUUGUCUCUAUGUAUAAUCUGAAGCUCAAAUACAGAAGAAAGCAGGUUAUUUAGCACUAAUGUAGGUUCUUGGUUCUCUUUGACUGCAACCAAUUUUUACAAAAAGUUUGUUCAAAUGAAGUUGUUUUUAUUGAAUGCUGGUUGGGGGGGUCACACCUAUAAUAGAAAAAGUUUACUUACAGUACAAAAAUGAAUAUAUAUGUGCCUUCUCUCUGUAUUAAAAAAUACUGUGUAUUUCUCAAA